UGUAAGUACAGAACAACCUCGGGUUUGCUCAUCAGGAGGAGGCUCCUACAACAUAAUAUCCUCUCCGUUGAUAUCUUCUUUAUAAGAGGACAUUCCCAAUUGACCGAUCAAGGAUGUAUAGGAACAGAGACAAGAUGAUGGAGAGGAUAUUCCAUCUCACCCUAGAGAUACUCUUCCAACUUACUGGAGAGGAUUUCACAGUGGUCAAGAAGACCUCUAGUGAGCGCUGUCGGGCCCCUGUGUAUGAAGGAUGGGGAAGAACCUUGAGCCCAAUCACGGGGCCUCCACCUCACUCCCUGAUACAUGAGGAGAUCAAUGAACAGAAGAUCCUAGAACUCACCCACAAGAUGGUGGAGCUGCUGACUGGAGAGGUUCCUAUAAGGUGUCAGGAUGUCACUGUCUAUUUCUCCAUGGAGGAGUGGGAGUAUGUAGAAGGACACAAGGAUAUAUACAAGGACAUCCUGAUGGAGGACCACCAGACCCUCACAUCAUCAGAUGACUGUGCCAAGAGUGCAGAAGGAAGUCUGAUAUCGUCAUAUCUUAGAGCAGAUAAUUGUGGUGUCACACAAGAUACAUGUGAAGAGCGUGCCAUCCUUUUAGAUGUCCCUUUAGCCCUUCACAGCAAAGCUCUAUCAUCUGAUCCUCUUAAACAUCUAUCUUAUAAUUCAUCACAAAAUGCUAACCAAAAUAUAAGUCACAAAACAGGUGUGGAACAUCAACAAAAUCACAUAGAAGAGAAGCCAAUUUCAUGUUCAGAAUGUGGUAAAUGUUUUACUCAUAAAUCAGCACGUGAUAGACAUCAAAGAAGUCACACAGGGGAGAAGCCAUUUUCAUGUUUAGAAUGUGGGAAAUGUUUCUCCCAAAAAUCUGAUCUUGUUAGACAUCAGAGAAUUCACACAGGGGAGAAGCCAUUUUCAUGUUCUGAAUGUGGGAUAUGUUUUUCUGUGAAAUCAUAUCUUUUUGAACAUAAAAAAAAACAUAUAAUAGAGAAGCCAUUUUCUUGUCCAGAAUGUGAGAAAUGUUUUAUUUCGAAAUCAAAUUUUGUUCAACAUCUGAGAAUUCACACAGGGGAGAAGCCAUUUUCAUGUUCUGAAUGUGGAAAAUGUUAUAGUGCAAAAGCAGAUCUUGUUAAACAUCUGAGAAUUCACACAGGAGAGAAGCCAUUUUCAUGUUCUGAAUGUGGAAAAUGUUAUACUGCGAAAGCAGAUCUUGUUAAACAUCUGAGAAUUCACACAGGAGAGAAGCCAUUUACCUGUUCUGAAUGUGGAAAAUGUUAUAUUACAAAAUCAGAUCUUCUUAAACAUCAGAGAACUCACACAGGGGAAAAGCCAUUUUCAUGUUCAGAAUGUGGGAAAUGUUAUAGUGUGAAAUCGGAUCUUAAUAUGCAUCAAAGAAUUCACACAGGGGAGAAGCCAAUUUCAUGUUCUGAAUAUGGAAAAUGUUAUAGUGUGAAAUCAGAUCUUAUUGAACAUGACAAAAAUCACAAAGGGGAGACACCAUUUUCAUGUUCAGAAUGUCAUAAGUGUUUCUUAAGAAAAGCAAAUCUUUUUGAACAUCAGAAAAUUCACACUGGAGAGAAGCAAUUUUCAUGCCAAGAAUGUGGGAAAUCUUUUAUUCAUAAAUCAGAUAUUGCUCGACAUAAAAAAAUUCACACUGGGGAGAAACCAUUUUCAUGCCCAGAAUGUUGGAAAUGUUUUACACAGAAAUCACAUCUUGUUACACAUCGAAGAUCUCACACAGGAGAGAAGCCAUUUUCAUGUUCAGAAUGUCAUAAGUGUUUCUUAAGUAAAGCAAAUCUUCUUGAACAUCGGAAAAUUCACAAUAGAGAGAAGCCAUUUUCAUGCCAAGAAUGUGGGAAAUCUUUUACUCAGAAAUCAGAUCUUGCCCGACAUCAGAAAAUUCACACAGGGGAGAAGCCAUUUUCAUGCCAAGAAUGUCAGAAAUGUUUUUCCCAAAAAUCAGAUCUUGUUAGACAUCAGAGAAUUCACACAGGAGAGAAGCCAUUUUCAUGCACUGAAUGUGGAAAGUGUUUUAACCAAAAGUCAACUCUAAUUUCACAUCAAAGAAGACACUCUGAAAACACAUUUCAUGCCUCGAAUGAUUCAUAAACAUCCAAUACCUCACACAAGAAAGCAACAAUUUUUAUUAUAACCCUUUCCCUCAUCUUGAUAUAACUGUAUGUGGAACUGGGGGAUAACAUCCUGCACCUCAAAAGUCAAGCUAAUUGUUGGAUUAAAGGGAACCUGUUACCUGGAUUUUGUGUAUAGAG